AUGUCAGCGGAGAACAUUAGUACUGGCUCGCCGACGGGCAAGCAGCCAUCCUCUGAAGUUAAUCUUGGCGAAAGAGAAGCUGGAACAAAAAAUGAGAGGAUGAUGCGCCAAACCAAACUUCUGAAGGAUACAUUAGACUUGUUGUGGAAUAAAACCUUAGAGCAGCAAGAGGUGUGUGAGCAACUAAAGCAAGAAAAUGAUUAUCUAGAAGAUUACAUUGGCAAUUUGAUGAGAUCCAGUAAUGUGUUGGAAAAAUAA